GACGUGUACACUCUCCACUACCGUCAGCUAGCUGGCUAGCCUAGCUACCUGUCAGAGUAAAGGUGUUAAAAUAAAGCCACGUUUUAAACAUUUUUUUAAAAAAGCAGUGUUUUAUCAGAGCGGCGGCAACAUGGAGACACUUUACCACCAGACAAACAAACAAAUCCAGGAGGUGCAGUGUCUCAUGGGCAACCUGGAGAAGACAGACCGUCAAUCAGUACACUUGUUAGAGAAUGAACUGCAAGCCAGAAUCGACCAGAUCUUCAAUCAUUUAGAGCGCCUUGAGAUCCUGGCCAGCAAGGAACCACCAAACCGCCGCCAGAACGCCAAAUUGCGAGUGGACCAACUCAAGUAUGAUGUUCAACACAUCCGGACUGCCCUGCAAAAUUUCCAGCACCGACGCUACGCCAGAGAGGCGCAGGACAGAGAGAGGGAGGAACUCAUGAGCCGUACCUUCACAACCAAUGAUGCAGAUACCUCCAUCCCCAUAGAUGAGACCCUUCAGUUAAACUCCAACUUGCACAACGCACACAGAGGCAUGGACGACCUCCUGGGCAGCGGCAGUGGCAUCCUCAACGGCCUCAGAGAUCAAAGAUCUACGCUGAAGGGGACCCAUAAGAAGAUGCUGGACGUGGCCAACAUGUUAGGGCUGUCCAACACGGUGAUGAGACUCAUAGAAAGGCGAGCCACCCAAGAUAAGUUCAUCAUGAUUGGAGGCAUGCUGCUGACCUGUGUCUUCAUAUUCUUGGUAAUCAGAUACCUGGGCUGACCUCCAACCAUCUACAACGGCAGUUUUUUGAUCAGUCGUGGACAUUUUUUGCAGCAUCAUCCCUCAUGAUAUGAAAACUGGCAGAAGUGUUUUUUAAAAUUGAAUUGUGCCAUUAUACUUUUUCCAACUUUAAAAUCUUUGUGGCACCUGCAAAAUUGUGAGGUUGAAGACCAUAAUUACAUUCAGUAUUUAAUUUCAUCUGAAGCUCCAAGAGGGCAAUGAACUUUCUCAUGAGUCUGCUUUCAACAGAUUCCUUUUUUUUUUUUUUUUUUAUCAAAACCACUCUGAAACUGUAAAUCACUCUGACUUUACCCAAAUGGCUUUCUAAAAAUACAUCAACAACUUGCUUUUACCUCCUGUGAAGAGCUGUUUAUGUUCCAUAAUCUGUCAGUAAUGUUGUCGUCAUUCUGUCUUGCUAAGCAUGGUUCAUAGAGAAAUAGAUGCUAGUGGACUUCAUAAUGCUCCAUGUUUCAUUACAUUUAAAUUGACCAUUUCUCCCUGGAGAGUCCCCUGUGUGUUAUGAUGUAUGUGUAUCUAACGUUAUACACCAGAGACAAAUGAGGUGGCAACGAGGAUCUUUGUUUUGAAAAUAGAAACUAAACCAUGGAAGUUAUUUUGUAAUUGUUAAAUAUAUUUUCUCUUGGAUUCAUGUUUGGGUCUAGUCUCACUGUGUGAGUGAUUUAAUUCUCUUAGAAGAAUAAAAACAUGUUUCAUUUCUUAGAUAUAACUUCAUGAAAUGACUCCACUUGUAUCUAACAGGAAUAUAUUAAAACUGAUUUUUGUCA